CGUGUGAGAGUUAAGAGGGACGAUGAAGUCCAGUAGCUUAACACGUGCGGUUCUUUCAACCGUACUGCAACCCGUCUUCUCGACCCGCCCAAAUCCGGGCCGGAGCAUAGUAUGCUCCGCCUCUCCGCCGAAACCCAGGACUCCACUCUACCAGAGGCCGCCGGCAUUCCGAGCCACCCUUUCGGAGCUGAAAAAAUGGCAUGUUUGGGCCAAAAACCAGGCUGCCUCGGUGGGCUCCAGCUUCUUGGACUUGGACGACGGCCCAGACUCCCCCCUCCUCCUCAGGGAGCUCAACUGGCUGGUCGAAGACGCACUCGAACGGCCCUCUGUGCUUUCGCCGCAGAACUCCAGUAGCAAUUACGAUGAUGCCAUUCCUGUGUCGAUAAGGGCGUGUUUGUACGAUCUCUACAAGUUGUGGAAGCAGAGGAUUGAGGAGAGAAGGCCGUUUCAAUAUUUGGUGGGAUGUGAGCACUGGAGGGACUUGAUAUUGAGUGUUGAAGAAGGGGUUUUGAUACCCAGGCCCGAGACUGAGAUUAUUGUGGAUUUGGUUGAUGAUGCUGUGAGGGGGAAUGAGAAGUUGAGAAAUGGUAUUUGGGCUGAUUUGGGGACUGGGAGUGGGGCUCUUGCUAUUGCUGUUGCUAGGAUUUUGGGGGUGGGUUCUGGAAGAGUUAUUGCUACUGACUUGAGCCCUGUUGCUGUUGCCGUUGCAUCAUAUAAUGUGGAGAGGUAUAAUUUGCAGCAGGACAGAGUAGCGGUAAGGUUGGGAUCUUGGUUUGAUCCUCUGGAGGAUGUCAAAGGGGAACUCAGUGGACUUGUUAGCAAUCCACCAUAUAUCCCCAGUGAAGAUAUUGAUGGGCUACAAGCUGAAGUUUCUAAACAUGAACCAAGACUCGCUCUGGAUGGGGGAGCAAAUGGCAUGAAUGACCUUAUCCAUCUAUGCAAUGGAGCUGCUUCAAUGUUAAAACCUGGUGGAUUCUUUGCGUUUGAGACUAACGGUGAAACACAGAGCAAACGUCUCAUGGAUUACAUGGAUACCAAGAUGAAAGGAAGCUUCUACAGCAUAAAUAUUACGCCUGAUUUCGCUGGAAUCCAAAGAUUCGUGACUGGAUAUAGAGCAUGAGUCGUAGAUUAACAGUAUUAAGUAGAAGAAUUGACACUUAUGUACGGCCAGGUUGGUCUGAAUGGACAUAGAAUUAUGUUUAACCAAAGCGUAAUGUGGGGACUUUCAUGAUAUUUGUGGAGUUUAGUGUUUUUUAAUAUAAUAAUGUAUGUCAUGUUAGAAACAGGAAUGAAAUGGAAGCACUGCAGCUCUGGUGAAAUCCUGUGGGAAAACAAACUCACCAUCUUUUGAAACUUUCAACAGUAACCUAUUGCUACUAAUUAUUUUGGCAUUUAAUACAAGAGACUGGUGUAGAAAUUGUAA